AUGUUUGAAUCACUAAUGCCUUUCAGAUAUCCUGUAGCGAAAUUAGAGACGUACGUCGGCCUUGAAAACAAUGUUUUAUAUUCAGCAAGUUACACUACCACAUUAUCAUCUGAUGCUUUGACAACACAAAGUGCGAUCAACGAACGCCGUACAGAUGCACAUCAACGUAGUUAUCAAACACUGGAAUUUCUUGGUGAUGCUGUUUUGAAAUCAGUUAUUGCACGUCUUCUUUAUGAUCAUAAUAACUAUCAAACUGAACGAGAACUACAUGAUGGAAUAACAUCGUAUAUCGGUAAUCGUACCAAAUUGUGUCAAAUUGGCCGAGAAUCAAUGAAUUUAGAACAGUUUAUUAUCAGAGGAAGAGGUGUAAAAGAAAUAACAAAUGAUAUGUAUGCUGAUCAUGUUGAAGCAAUAUUAGGAGCAAUAUCACUGGAUUCACCAGAUGAUUUAGCAGUUUUUAAAGUUGUUAGUCGAUUGUGGAAUUUACCGCAGCGUCGCCAACGAUCAUCACCACGGGGACAACUGGUAAAAAAUGAUGAAAGCUGCUGUUGUUCGUGUUGUUGUAGUAUGUCCUGUAAAAUAAUGUUUUUUAUUGUCAUUUUAGCGGCUACUUUUUUCAUUGGAGUUUAUUGUGGCAACGCACACUUGUUAGAUCUUUCAGAAUACAAAAGAUAGUCUUGUCAGUUGACAGGUUUUGUUGUUGUAUUGGAUUCGUUGAUGUUUAGAAAGAAAAUUUUUCUUUUGGGAUGAUAUAAAGAGAACAGAAGGAAAAUCGUGUUAUUUUUUUUUUUUUUUUAAACUUGUUUCUUAUUUAUUUAACUGGAAAAAAAAAGUACAAAGCUAAGAAGAGCAGGCAAAUCGAAGUAAGAUCAUUAUAUGCCUGGAUCUAUUCGACAAAAUGAGACAUCAAUAAAACAGAUAAGAGAGUAAAAGAAAACAAAAAA